AUGGCAACGGAACAGGAUCCCCUCCUGCUCUUGAGGCAGUCCAUCGCGUCUGGCAGCACCCCCAUGCCGACAGCCUCAGCUGAAGCCUCCGCGCCUGAAGUUGGUUUAUCGCAGGCGACACACCUCACAUUCACAUCGCCGACUCGCAUUCCCCUUCCGAUUGACACACCCACACGCUUCAUUCUGAAUGACACGCCCGUAGAUUUGCGAAGCAUCUACUUUACCUGGCUGCACCGCGACUAUGCCAUCCUCGAAUACAAUGAGCUUGCGUCAAAGUUCAACGAGGAACUCGGCGGCAAAGGCCAAGUCCAAAGACUCUCUUAUAUUGGAAUGUUGGACUUGAUUACCUGGCUGGAAGGCGCCAGCGAAGAGAGCGAAUUCAUAAAGCCUUUGGCUGGUGACAAGGAUGGCUCGGCAUCUACCGCCGCCGCGGCUCUUGCAUCAAAGGGUGCUGCGGCUCCUGUGAUAGGAUCAACAGUGGGGAGAUCAGGGAAGGGAACUUUAGACCCCAGACUAGCAAGUAUCUACAACAGCGAGCGUAAAAUGGGAGACCGGAAUAGUGUAUUGCGUGGUAUUAAGCCAACAGAUUUCUCUCACGUGCGUAAACUCGCCGCCUUAUUCAUGACCAAGAAGGCGCCGCAUGCUUCAUCCUCGAACAUUGCAAGCAAUCCUGCGAUAGCAUCUCACCACAAACAGAAACGACCCGAUCCCAUCAUCCUACUCUCUCCUUCAGCAUCCUCCCUCCUCCGAAUGACAAAUAUCAAAUCUUUCCUCGAAAGCAGUCAAUAUGUGCCACCCAACUCUUUGGCUGCCAGUUCUAAUACAACAGCAAACAUGUUACACAUCAAUCGCCUCAUGAAAGAUAUUGAUGCGAAUCGGCCAAUGCGAUUCAUUCUUGUGGAAGGGGCAGAACAGUUCAAGCCAGAGUACUGGAAUCGUGUAGUAGCCGUUUUCACUACAGGCCAGGCCUGGCAGUUCAAAAACUACAAGUGGAGUAACCCGACCGAGCUAUUCCGCCACAUACCCGGCAUCUACGUCGGUUGGCGUGGUGAGCAACCCCCUGAGAGUGUCCGAACAUGGGGUCAUAGGGUCCACAACGUGGCCGUGGACAGGUGGAAAAAUCCCGGAACAGCCACGGUAGAUUCGAGUCGAUGGAGAGAUCGUGAAGCGGUAGAAGGCAUCUGGAAAAUGAUCGAGAAUAACAUGCGAGCAAAAGGCUGGAAGCGUGACCAAGCGCCAUCUUCAAUAUAA